AUGUGCGGCUGGGGGGGACUCGACCCGCCAAUUCAUACGAACUCAGACACGGAAGUUCCUGAGCAACUUGAAAUAGCCGAUACAAUGAUGAACCGCGCCAAGUUGUUACAACGCGCUGCUAAGAUGGGUGCUGGAGCUCUUUUGGGAGGAUCGAUUGUUACUGGUGUCACCGCCUUCAGCAGCGACCAGAUCGAGGCGCUGCACUACGGGUUCGACCACCAGGGUCCGUUAUCCUCGUUUGACUACGCUAGUGUACGCCGCGGGUACCAGGUGUACCGCGAGGUAUGUGCAUCAUGUCACAGUUUGGAUCGCAUUUGCUUUCGCAACCUGGUUGGCGUUACUCACACAGAAGAGGAAGUAAAGGCGAUGGCGGCUGACAUUGAUGUCAUCGACGGACCUAAUGACGAGGGUGAGAUGUUUGAACGUCCCGGUAAACUUUCGGACCCCCUUCCCCGACCGUAUCCAAACGACGAAGCGGCUGCGGCUGCGAAUAAUGGUGCUAUUCCACCGGAUCUUUCAUUGAUGGUUAAGGCGCGUCAUGCUGGCGCUGAUUACCUUUUUGCGCUACUGACGGGGUAUGUCGACCCGCCUGAGGGAAUGGAACUGCUUGAUGGCCUGUACUAUAACCCUUACUUUGGUGGCGGUGCUAUUGCCAUGGAGCGUCAGUUGCAGGACGGUCAAAUUGAGUACGAGGAUGGCACGCCGUGCACGACUUCGCAGAUGGCUAAAGACGUGUCGGUAUUUCUUUCAUGGGCGUCUGAGCCUGAGCACGACGUGCGAAAGAAGCAAGGAAUGCAGGCGACCAUAGCUUUGGUGGCGCUGUGCGCACUCACGGGGUACUACAAGCGCCUCAAAUGGGCGCCGCUAAAAACCCGAAAAAUAACCUACACCAAGUAA